AAAUUGUUGCUUUUGUAAAAGAAAUGUGCCCCUUCAUCUUGUUGCAGAAGCUUCUUCCAUGCAUAACCCUACAAUAAAAGAAUAAAAAGAAGAAUAAAAAAGUGGGUGCCAAAUCUCAAAAUCUCUUCUUUCGACCUAAAAUGCCGUCUCUCUCUCUAGACUCUUCCGUACCCCAUCAUUUUCUCUUAGCAAAUUUCCCGGCGACCGGGAAACCAGACAACGGGAAUUCCCGCGCUGAGAAACGAAAACACAUAGAAUUUCUGUCAAAAUCCCGGCACACUGUUCACUAAAAAAUUAAUAAAAUACUGUUUCUCUGAUAUUGAUUUCAAAGUCAAAAUACGACCAAGUUUAGGGUAAAUCCCUUCAGGGGGAGCGCCAAUAAAAGGCCAUGAUUUCUCCAGUUUUGAGGCAUGUUAAUAGCACUGUGAGCUUUUCUUCUCUGGUGUUCGUUUCGAAGAAGAGGGCGCUUUUGGGUGAGAGAAUUUGGGGGAAGAGGGACUUUGCGAGGUGCAGAAUGACGGUGAGUUCUAGACCGUGGAUUGAGGACGCUUGCUUGAAGAUCAACGGCUGUGACGCUUUGACGGGUGUGCCGGACAAUGUGUUGGUAUCGCCGGCUUCAAAUUCGUCGGUGUUUUUGGGAGCGGUGUCGAAGGAGAAGAGGAGUCGCCAUGUCUUCAAGCUCGGGGUGUUACAGGAUUACAGAUUGGUUUGUCUGUUUAGAUUCAAAAUUUGGUGGAUGAUACCCAGAUUUGGAAAUUCAGCAAGCGACAUUCCUGUAGAAACUCAGAUGUUGCUCCUUGAAGUUGAGGAAAAAUCAGCUAUUGAACAAGAAAACCAGAGUGUUGCUAAUGGGUCUAAGUUUUAUAUCCUGUUCCUGCCUGUCUUGGAUGGGGAGUUUAGAAGCAGCUUGCAGGGGAAUGCAGCAAAUGAGCUUGAGUUUUGCAUUGAAAGUGGUGAUCCUGAGCUGGAGAUCUCUCAAUCUCUGGAAUCAGUUUUUGUCAAUUCAGGGGACAACCCAUUCGAGCUUAUGAAGGAAUCAAUUAUGUUCUUGGAGAAGCACAAGGGAGGCUUUAUGCAUCGUGAGAGCAAGAAGAUGCCUGAAAACCUAGAUUGGUUUGGUUGGUGCACAUGGGAUGCUUUCUACAGUCAAGUUAAUCCUCAAGGUAUCAGAGAAGGCCUAAAAAGCUUAUCAGAAGGGGGAGCCCCACCAAAGUUCUUAAUUAUUGAUGAUGGAUGGCAAGAUACAUUCAAUGAAUUCCAAAAAGAGGGGGAGCCAUUCAUUGAAGGAACACAGUUUGCUUCAAGAUUAGUCAGCAUCAAGGAAAACAAAAAAUUUCAAGGAACUGGUGCUCAAAAUAGUCUUAGAGAUUUUGUGACAGCCAUUAAAGAGAGUUAUGGUUUGAAAUAUGUCUAUGUAUGGCAUGCAUUGAUGGGAUACUGGGGAGGAGUCCUUCCAUCUUCUCCAGAGAUGCAAAAAUAUAGUCCCAAGUUACUGUACCCUGUGCAAUCUCCUGGAAAUAUUGGGAAUCUCAGGGAUGUAGCCAUGGAUAGCUUGGAGAAAUAUGGUGUCGGCACAAUUGAUCCUGGCAAAAUAUUUGAAUUCUUUGAUGAUAUGCACAAGUAUCUUGCUUCUCAAAAUAUAGAUGGGGUUAAGGUGGAUGUACAGAAUUUAAUAGAAACACUUGGAGGGGGUUUAGGAGGCCGGGUUUGUCUUACUCGACAGUGCCAACAUGCUCUGGAAGAAUCGGUUGCAAAAAAUUUCAACCACAAUAACUUAAUCUGCUGCAUGGCUCAUAAUACAGAUUCUAUUUAUAGUUUAAAGAAGAGUGCUGUUACCAGAGCUUCAGAGGAUUACAUGCCAAGAAGACCAGAUUCACAGACAUUGCACAUUGCUUCAGUGGCUUUCAACAGUAUUCUUCUUGGUGAAUUUGUAGUCCCAGAUUGGGACAUGUUCUAUAGCAAUCAUCGAACUGCGGAAUUUCAUGCAGUGGCUCGAGCAUUGGGUGGUUGUGGUGUUUAUGUUAGUGAUAAGCCUGGAGACCAUGAUUUUGAGAUCCUUAAGAAGCUUGUUCUUCCUGAUGGAUCAGUUCUAAGAGCUAAACUUCCUGGAAGGCCUACACGUGAUUCUUUAUUUAAUGACCCUGCCAUGGAUGGGAAGAGCUUGCUGAAGAUAUGGAACAUGAACAAGCUCUCUGGGGUCUUGGGCAUUUUCAACUGUCAAGGAGCAGGCGUAUGGCCAUGUCUAGAUUGUGUUCAAACUAAUACAGACCAAGAGCCACUAUGCCUUACAGGACAUGUUAGUCCUAUUGAUAUUGAGCAUCUUGAAGAGGCAGCUGGGCAUAAUUGGACUAGAGAUUGUGCAGUAUACGCCUUUAGCACAGGUUCUCUUUCUAGAUUGCCGAAGACAGGAUCAAUAAGUAUCUCCUUGGAAGUUUUGCAGUGUGAAAUCUAUACCAUUGCUCCAAUAAGGGACUAUGAUUGCAAGGUCCAGUUUUCGCCCAUUGGGUUAGUGAAUAUGUACAACUCUGGUGGUGCCAUUGAAGCAAUUGACUUUGUAUCUGAUAAUUUGAAAUGUGAGGUAAAAAUUAAAGGACUUGGCUGUGGUCUCUUUGGAGCAUACUCUAGUACAAGGCCAAAUUUUUGCACUGUAAACACAAAGGAGACAGCAUAUGAGUUUGAACCAAAAACUGGUUUCUUGACUCUGAUAAUCCCGACAGGAAUUCAUUAUGAGGACAGUUUUUGGAGCAUCAGUCUUUCAUUUUAGGCCUGAAGUUUGAAGAAGCUAACCAUUACUCCAUCUAAUGCGAGUCAAAUAGCUUUGCCGCUGUAAAGGAGUAUCUAAUGUUGUCUAAUGCAUUAUUGAGUUUCAGUGAAAUAAGAGACCGAGGGUCUGCUCACAUAAUCUUGAUAAUAUUUGGAUUGUAUUUGAUCAGUGAAUGUUUAAAGCCAUGGGAUGGGUGUAUGGGUUAAUAUAUGAAUUAUGAAAUAUCAUGUUACCUUCCUUUUAAGGCAUCAA